AUGUCCAUGUCACCAAAAAUCCUCCGACCAAACAUGCUUUUAUCUUCCUUAAAAUCAAAAUCCCCAAUUCAAAGCCUAAUUCCAUACCCCACAAAUCAGAAAUUCCAAUUAGAAGACACCGGCCCUCAGCUCCUCUGUCGACCCAUUAAUUCAGUGGGUCACAAUGAGAAAAUGACCCGGUCGGUGGUGCACCUAGUGGAGGCUGCACGGAUGAAGGUAGAGGCGCCUAGCGUAUUUCCAUUUUUGCUGGUAGAUAGAGUUGUUGAGUACAAUCCUGGGGUGUCCGCUGUGGCUAUCAAGAAUGUGACAAUAAAUGAUAAUUUCUUUCCUGGGCAUUUCCCUGAGAGGCCAAUUAUGCCAGGUGUGCUCAUGGUUGAGACGAAAGAUUCUUUCCUUUUUUCCGAUUUGAGAACACUUUUGUUUAUUGCAACAUCCUUGUACUCCAUUAUAUAG